CUACUGAGAGGUGAAAUGGCGCAGAAAGGAUUUCGUCUGGACCAGGAAGCAAUCUCUUGUUCGAUCUGUCUGGAUCUACUGAAGGAUCCGGUGACUACUUCCUGUGGACACAGCUACUGCAUGAACUGUAUUAAAAGCUUCUGGGAUGGAGAGGAUGAGAAGAAGAUCUACAGCUGCCCUCAGUGUAGGCAGACCUUCACACCGAGGCCUGUCCUGCUGAAAAACACCAUGUUAGCAGAUUUAGUGGAGGAACUGAAGAAGACUGGACUCCAAGCUGCUCCUGCUGAUCACUGCUAUGCUGGACCUGAAGAUGUGGCCUGUGAUGUCUGCACUGGGAGGAAACUGAAAGCCUUCAAGUCCUGUCUGGUGUGUCUAGCCUCUUACUGUGAGAAACACCUCCAGCCUCAUUAUGACUCAGCUCCGUUCAAGAAACACAAGCUGGUGGAGCCCUCCAAGAAGCUCCAGGAGAACAUCUGCUCUCGUCACGACGAGGUGAUGAAGAUGUUCUGUCGUACUGAUCAGCAGUGUAUCUGUUAUCUCUGCUCUGUGGAUGAACAUAAAGGCCACGACACCGUCUCAGCUGCAGCAGAAAGGACCGAGAGGCAGAGAGAGCUGGAGGUGAGUCGACUCAACAUCCAGCAGAGGAUCCAGGACAGAGAGAAAGAUGUGAAGCUGCUCCAACAGGAGGUGGAGGCCGUCAAUCGCUCUGCUGAUAAAGCAGUGGAGGACAGUGAGAAGAUCUUCACCGAGCUGAUCCGUCUCAUGGAGAAAAGAAGCUGUGAUGUGAAGCAGCAGGUCAGAUCCCAGCAGAAAACCCAAGUGAGUCGAGUCAAAGAGCUUCAGGAGAAGCUGGAGCAGGAGAUCACUGAGCUGAAGAGGAGAGACGCUGAGAUGAAGCUGCUGUCACACACAGAGGAUCACAACCAGUUUCUUCUUAACUACCCCUCACUGUCACCACUCACUGAAUCUACAUCCAGCAUCAAUAUCCGUCCUCUGAGCUACUUUGAGGACGUGACGGCGGCUGUGUCAGAAGUCAGAGAUAAACUACAGGACGUUCUGAGAGAGAAAUGGACAAACGUCUCACAGACAGUGACUGAAGUGGAUGUUUUACUGUCACAACCAGAGCCCAAGACCAGAGCUGGAUUCUUACAAUAUUCACGAGAAAUCACACUGGAUCCAAACACAGCACACACACAUCUGUUAUUAUCUGAGGGGAACAGAAAAGCAACAGUAAUGAGUCAAAAACAGUCUUAUUCUAGUCACCCAGACAGAUUCACUGACUAUUGUCGUCAGGUCCUGAGUAGAGAGAGUCUGACUGGACGUUGUUACUGGGAGGUGGAGAGGAGAGGGAGAGGAGUUGAUGUAGCAGUCGCAUACAAGAGUAUCAGGAGAGCAGGGGGGUCGAAUGAACAUUACUUUAGGGGGGGUGAAUGUUUGUUUGGAGACAAUGAUAAAUCUUGGGCGUUAGUUUGUAACCAAAACAGUUAUAUAUUUUGGUACAACAAUAUCCAAACCCCCGUCUCAGGUCCUCAGUCCUCCAGAGUAGGAGUGUACCUGGAUCACAGUGCAGGUAUUCUGUCCUUCUACAGCGUCUCUGAAACCAUGACUCUCCUCCACAGAGUCCAGACCACAUUCACUGAGCCUCUCUAUGCUGGACUUAGGCUUUAUUACAGUUAUGAUGACACUGCUGAGUUGUGUAAACUGAAAUAG